AUGUAUCAGUGUUCUGGAAAGGAGCCAUGUGAUCGAUGUGUCAAGACAGGCGCGAUAUGUACCAUUGAUGAAGAAGGCGACCAGCGUCGGAAGGAUGGACUGAAACGGAAGUUGGAUUCCUACCAAGAAAAAGCAUCGCUGUUGGAUCGUCUAGUCCUCACGCUGCAGGAAACCAGCAAGACGCAGGCUGCGCAGAUCCUCAACUUGAUCCGCAGCAAUGCAUCCCUGGAAGAAGUCCAAUUAUUCCUUGAUGACUUUAUCGAACGUUCGAAAGUGGAAAAAACGCCGGAGCUUGUUGAGAUUCGUAGCGGUGUUCGACAUCUGAAUGAGUCUCAAAAACGUGCAGCGCUGGCACGGCUACAUCCGAAGCGACUUUCAGAUAUUGUACUAUUUCAGGUGCCCGCUGCUCCAUGGACGAGCGUCACCAAGGACAAUGAAUUUGUUUCACAUCUCAUAUCAAUGUGGUUUAGCUGGACACAUCCGUUUCUCAACUGGAUUGAUCGUGAUCUUUUCAUUCGAGAUAUGCAAUCUGGUAAUCUUGAUUCGGAAUUUUGUUCACCGUUCCUAGUGAAUAUCAUUCUGGCAGACGCUUGUCCGUUUUCUGACUAUCCUGAGGCAUAUGCCGUUGCAGGACAAGCAUGGUCACGAGGGCUGCAAUUCUAUAAAGAGGCAAAGCAGCACCUUGACCAAAGUAAUGGCAAAGUGACAGUCCCAUUUGUUCAAGGGCUUGGAGUUCUAUAUGCCUGCACCUGCAUGAUGGGUAAAGACCGCAGCGGCUGGAUCUAUCUUGGUCAGCUUGCCUAUGCUGUCCAUGAGCUCGCUCGAAAACACAAACCCCCACCACCAGAUGCCGAUCCAGAUACGCAACGCAAGUCACGGGCUAUUGAUAUGACCAUCUGGGGGCUAUUCAAUCUAGCUUCGAUGACGGGUCUCGCGUACCAAAAAGGAGGCCUCAUAAAGAUGCCACAUCGAGCGUAUUCCCCUGCUCACGAUGACCUUCAUGGCGAGAACUGGACCGACUAUCCUCACAGAUCUGACACAGUUGAGUCUCACACGCAGUGCCUUUUCCUCACAUUCAGCGAGUUCAGUGUCAUCGAGUAUGAUUUGAGUUGGUCCUUGUUCGGUAAGGGGGAGCAGAAAUUGAAUAUCGAAUUGGUAAAAGCAACCGAAGACAAGCAUACACGUAUGCUGGAGUUUUACGAAAGGAUGCCGAAGUGUUUGAAAACGACUAAGCUCCCUCCUCAUGUAUUGGCGUUCCGUCUCAAAUACCACACCACAAUCCAGAUUGUAUUCGGGUACCUGAGAGACCUUCCAACAGCAGAGGAGGAGGAUGGAGGUCAAUGUCCCGAGUGGGCGACAUCAACCCGCCAGAAGUCUCGACAGAUUUGUAUAGAGUCUGCGCUGGAGAGUGGGAAACUGAUUGACAUGCACCGCGACUGGUGGGGAUUCGAGCUAAUGCCUCCGGCGAACGUGCACUGGAUCACAGUUUCCAUGUUCACAUUGCUAGGGGAUAUGGAGGAAGAAGCGAGUCGUGGGGCGUUCGUGAGCUUGAGCGUGGCCGCCAAAGCCUUUGCCAAUCGAUGGCCGUUGGGGAAAGCGAUGCUACGGUUAGUGCAGGUAACGGCCAAGCAGAUGAAGGUAUCAUUACCCGUGGAAACAGAGGCUUUGUUCACCGACUUUGAAAAGAGGUUGUGGAACUCGGAAGAUCGCAAGCUUCUCAGCAGCCAGUACCCAAACUUUGCCCACUCGAUGAAGCGCGGAGAGGUCGACGAGACCGAGAUGGAUGCGUUCUUGGAAAAGUUCGACGAGUGCUAUCUAGAAGAUGAAGACGACGUCUUUCAGUUGGAAUCGCCGGAUGGUUCACACGUGGAAGUUGGUUCAGAGAAAGCGCGAGGUGAAGAAGCAGAGAGGGCAGAAAACGAGGGUGAAGAGGAUGGACAUAGGCUCCAGGUUCGAUUUUCCUAG